AUGCAGGAAGAUCACGAGAGACAGAAUGCUCGAACAGCUGCUCGAGCCCACCUCGAGCUGCUGAACCCUCAAUGCUGUCCAGUCCUGGAUCAAUCACAAGUUUCACAACAGCCAGGCACGUCACAAGGCUCUCGUGCAGGUCCUGCUGCUUGCAAACCUACUUUUGACAACACGGAGUAUGUACAUCCUGAUGAACUUGAAGGUUUAUCAUACAAUCUUCCUCCUGCACUCCAGCAGGACAAUAUCAAGACGGAAUAUCAUCCACGUAGUGGAAUCCCUAUGAAAACUGAUCACUUUGCCGAUUUUUGCUGCCACACUGCUGCUCCCUCGCUCGUACGCGAAAAUACUACUCCCUGGGAACCGUUUACCUCUCGUAUCGACUUCGACUUCACUGAAUUAGUUCUGAAAGCCAACCCCACAAAACUGCAGACAAAUGAACUCAUCAGUCUCAUCCGUCGCAGUGCUCUCAAAAGAUUCUCAGUCACUGAUUAUGACGGCAUCUGUAAGCUGUGGGACACAGCAUCUUCUCGCCACGCAAAAUUCAAAAAGGAAGUGAUUUCGGUCCCUCAUAGGGAUCAGGAGCAUGAUUUUGAUGUUUGGUAUAGGCCGCUCUGGGAUUGGGCCUGUGACUUGUUGAAAGACCCUCGCCUUGGUCCACACUUCGUGUUUGAUGCUCAAUGGUUGUACAAAUUUGAUGGACGAGACUUUCUGAUGCCUUCUGGAAUAGUCAAGUAUUCAUCCUUACCAAAGGAUGAAGGAAAACCCUUCGCUUUUAUUAUAUACGCUGACAAGGCAAAACUGUCCUCGUUUGGUCGUCAAAAGGCCUAUCCCGUCAUUGUCGAAGAAGAUAGACAGUAUUCUGGAACUCAGUCGUUCGUCAAUUUCAAGAAUGUCGUGUGGCACAAAUCGUUUAAGUGCCUUCUCAAAUCCCUCGCACCGCUAUCGAAAACAGGUUUUUGGGUCAAGUGUUGGGAUGGUAUCGAGCGUCUUUUUUAUCUGCUUAUUCUCAUUUUAUCAGCUGACUAUGAGGAACAAGAGGCUCGAAAUUUCGUUCGACAAGAAGACAAAGAGAAGGUAUUGAUGUCUCGAGGCCUCCAAGACGUAGAUAACACAUUUUCGAAUGUUGCUCACACGGAUGUCCAUUUCGCAGUCUCAUUUGACCGCUUACAUUUUCAGGAACGUGUUAAGUCAAUCGGUCGGCAGACACAGUCUCAAAUCGAUGUACACUUUGACUCAAUGCCCCAUUGGCGCAACAUCAAUCAUUUUAAUCAUCUUAUCGUACUUGCUGCACAUGACGUCAUUGACCGAGCCACUCACGCGCUCCCUUAUCUGCUCCUUCAAUGGAUCUGUGAAUACGUCAACAUCGACAUCGCAAAGGAUGACUCAGGAAAGAAUUGGGCGUACCCAAAACGGCACGCACAUGCCCACCUGUUUGACGAUAUCGAAGCGAAGGGUGCUACACGUAACACCAACACCAAACCAAAUGAGAAGUGCCAUGGCCCAAUCCGAUGGAUUUUCCUUCGGCGGACGAACUUCAAAAACAUUGCUGAACAAGUACUUCGCCUUGACCAUCGCUUCCUCAUUGCACAUUCGAUUCAUUUGGACAUCGAGGACUAUGAUGACCUCAUUACAUCUCAAAAUGACCCUUUGCACUUGGACAGCAAGGACGACGAAUGCCCCAACAAUGAUUCUGACGCCACAUUGCAUAUUAAGUUGGGUGCUGCGCAAAAAGAGCAGACAUUUGCGACCUUAGAGCAACUGCAUGCAAAUGACAAUGCAUUCAAUCGGUUUCACAUCAAGCUUGCAAACUUUCUGAGUGAUUCCCUCCUUGCUCACAGAAUACCGUUACCUGGUGGAAAAUGA